GUCCGCAGGCUGGGCGCCGAGGCUCGACAGCGAAAGCUCGCCCAAGCCACUCCGAGCACUUACCAGCUCGCCUUGAGCCACAGAAACGCAAAGCUGGUUGUCCCCGCAUCCGCCUUGCAAGAUUUCCAGCGCCCCAAGUUGCCCUUGGUGAGUUCGAAGUUGUUGGAUUGGGUUCAGCAGGCCAAGGGGCGGAUGUCUGUGCCGCAACAGCCGCACGUGAUGGGUCCCGUUGCAAAGGACUACUUCGCCGGGGCUCUCGUAGGUGCCAGGGAGACUCUGCAACAAAAGGCAACCCGUCUGGGCGUCACCCGUUGGAAGUUGGAGACCGAGUUACAGAGACUUGCAGUAUCUUGUUGGUUCUUGGACCGAAUCAUGCGGCGUUCAUUCAUGGCGGCUUGCGCUUAUCGAGCUGAUCCGAAUCGCAAGGUGGAAAUGGUCGUGGACGCAGUUUGUUACGAUGAGACCCCGAUGCCAGCCAGAGUCAAGGACUCCCAAGUCCGAAAAUGCCCAUCCAAGCGAGACAGAGACGGACAACAUAUCGUCAAGAGCAGCACCCUCCUACCAGAUAAAAGUUCCACGUCGACAGUGAAGCUGCUCCAGACCGUAUCAACGUGGGGUGUCAUUCUCUCAGCCAGGCUCCCGUGUGGCGUCCUUCAGCGCGUGGCGGUGGUAGGCAAGUCGACGAACCAUCUGCAGUCUAUGCGGACCACGUCCGCCGAGUGCACCGAGCAGGCCUUGAGGGAGGGCGAGUGUGCCACCAUGGCGGAAUCAUCUGCUGAGUCCCCCGUCAGGUUGGUAAUGACAGACAGGCACGGUGCAAACUUUGCAGCUGAGCGGUCAAUGAGGAUCCAGAGGGGUGCGACUUGGUCGUGUUUACACAUCGGCUGCGAGGUGCACAAGAGCUUCGGUUGCCACAAGCGGGCGUUGCAUCCCAUGGAGGGUUCGGUUAGCGGCCUCAUCAACCUCUCGUUGAGCUUGGCCACAGCGGGCUCAAUGGCAGAGUUUCGCACUUGCUUGAGGGACAUCAUCAAAGAUCGCCUGCGGUUCGAAGUCGGCGCUGCUGGAGCGGACGCGGAGUGCUACAGGCGAUUGGCGGCAGAGAUCCCAGUGGCCCCGCCCAUGACGGUCAACGAGCAGCUGGAGGUGCUCUCAGCAAUGCUCCAGCAGCAGUUGGUGGAGGGGCUGAUGCAGAUGGCGGCCUGUGGCAGGGACUUCCGCGUGCUCGUGGCCGCGCGGUGUGAGUUGGAAGCGCGUGCCUUGGCAAACUUUUGGGUGCUGAUGACGAACAGUACCUUGUGGAGCCUCGUCCCAGAGGAAGAUAUGACAAACAAGGUCCGAGCCACUGCCUUCAUCAUGAUUUCGAAAGCUGCGGCUUCGAUGGACCGCGAGCUCACGCGGCCCCACACGGGUUUUCCUUGGCGUCUGUUCUCUCUCAUAGAGAAUCCUGGGCUGGCAGCCGACAUUGCAUGCACGCCCAGGUGCGUGAUGGACCCUUGGUCAGCCCGUUUCUGCGACGAGAACGACCUCAGCGACCCCAAGACGAAAGCCAAGCUUAUCCUUCUUGCCUUGUUGGUAUUCUCCGACACGAGCCAAGUCGAGGUCGGCCACUCCCACAUCAGGAGGUGGAUCAAGUCACGGGUCCAGACCCACUCGAUCGACGUCGAGGGCCUCAGUUCGAGAUGGAUGAGCAAGUUAUUCAAACAGGAUUGCCAGGGCCAGGGUGCAACGCCCGACGGCGGGGCCACAGCCAGCGCUGCGGGCAACGCCCAGCAACCAGAGAAAAAGAAAUCCUCGGGCGGCGCUUGGCGGGCAUAUGUUCGCAUGCAGCGCAGCAACGACCUCGCUGUCAUCGGUGCGCAGUAUCGGUCGUUGGACCCAGACUCGGAGGAGAUGCAGCAAUGCCGUCGACUUGGGGCCGAAGCAACUCGAAAUGCACAGGCAGGGGUUCCAGCGAAUGAGACGUCCUUCGGGCCUCGGGCAGCUGAUGUGGAUAAGAUUGUCAAGUCAAGGAACAUAUCCCAACGCUUGCAGAACCUGAAGGGGGUCGAGGACUACAACGACCAGAUCGAGCAGCUGCUCGACGAAGCAGCCAACCUGGAGCUAUCGCCCGCAGACGCUGCUGCAAGAGCGAGGAGGCUCGAUCGACUGCGCGUGGAGUCAGAGAGGAAACAAGAGAGGGAUGACGCCAAUGCGAUCGCGAAGUACAGCACGGAGAAUGUGGAACACGUGGUGAAGAAAGUCGUCCAGCAGCACCCUCGCAUUGCUGAGCAUUCAGCGCAUUUCUCUCUCCAGGCUCCUGUGUAUGGCAUGCCUGUGUUGGAGUUCAAGAUGGCCUCCCUGGCCCAGCAGGCCGACGAGUUGAAGUGCUGGGCCGAGGAGCAGAUGGCCAAGCACAAGGGGAACAUGGAGACCACGUUGUGCUCUGCAUGGUCGCACUUGCACACGCUCCUUCGAGGAGGCCGCAUCGUCGUGAAGUUCAUUUCCACCCCCAUGGGCGCGGAUCAGGACUUGUUGGACUUCUGGGGGGGCGCGAAUGAGAUAUUCUUUCACAUCAGUGACAACAUGUUCCGCCCAUACGUUUUCGAGAUGCAGCGCAUGCUUCCGACGACGGAGGCAGAGUCAAUCCAGGCAGGAGUUGGCGAUGACGAGAUAGCUCUCAAGGCCACUUGCCAGAUUGGCUCGCUCUUCGAAGCGCUGUCGGCACCGAUUCUCGACUUGGAGACACACGACAUUCAGUGUGAGUUCUUCUCGGUUUGCAUGCACUCGCGUCGGCUGACCGAAAUCACACCGAAGCUCGUGCUGGUUCAGGGCCCCCUUGCCAUCGUCGAUGCCCCCCCUGACGACGAUCACCCUGGCGACGACGGCGACGAGGUUGGAGGUGAGGCCGAGGGGGGCGUCGAGCCAGACGAGGCCGAGGCGAUCGUCUCGGAGGGCGACCCUUGGGACGACCCUGAGGACAUCCUCGCAGCAGGCGGCAUCGACGUGGACGACUUCGGCGCCGCAGGGGAGGGCGAGGACGCCAAGGUCUCAGAUAAGCUGUACACGCACCCAGAGGACAGCAGCUACGCGGUGCACGGCUGCGAGAGUUGCAUCGAGUGGGCGGGGAACACGUACCCGCUCCUGGACUUCUCCGAGGUCUGCAAGCAGAACUCGGACGACCCUGUGUUCGCGGACGAGGUCACCGAGGGCUUCGAGGUGCACGCGUCUGGCGGGGACAAGGCGCCGUACAUGAUGGCAGCGGGUUCUGAGACCAGAAUCAAAAUCCAGGUCGUGGAGGAGAUGCCCGCCAUGACUUCCUCUCAAGUGGUCACGGGCUUCGGCAAGACGCCGAAGCAGCUCUCUCUCAAGUCGGUCGAGUGUUACACUCGUCAUGGCGUGGAGGAGCUAUACCCCAUGCAGUUGGGCGAGGUCCAGCCGAGGACGAUUCGUUUCGUGAGCGAGGCCACCGACUACGCCACCAGGAACUACAUGAAGGAGGGCAAGGCGCAGUUCGAGGAUCACGCCGAGAGGCUGCUUAAGCAGAUCGUCGACGCGGGUGGCUCUGCGAGCACUUCUACCUUGGGGCGCGUGCCCACGCUCCAAGAGGUCUCCGAUCGGGCAAUCAAAAAGGGCGGCUACGCAUGCGUGUAUAACCUGCUGGGCGCUCGCCGUGAGCAACCUGCGGCUGACGGCGCGGUCCGCGAUCGCAGCGGUCGCAGGGCCGACGACCCACACCCACACACGCCGUUGGCAUCCCUGCCUGGUUCACCUCACGGCGUGCACCUCGCUUUGGAGGACGGCAGCGUCACGGCAACAAGUGGAGCUGGCGAACCGAUUGACAGCCCGCCUACCAUUCGCGACGGGGAUGGGCCGUCGUCGCCGCUCACUCCGGCCUCAAUACAGGACCGCCCGCUCAAGCGAGCGCGCGUGGAAGAUCACCCUGGGUUGGGGGAGACGCCUGCGCCGAACGCCUCGAGCCAGAACCCGACCGACGGGCUGCAGUCUGGGACGCCUGAGUUCUGGAUCGCGAAGAUCUCCAUCGUGCAGGUCCUCAGGGGGGCGAAGUUGGGGAAGGAGGCUUAUCAGCUGGAGCAGCUACUUCCCAAAGUGCCAGCUGGGAAAGCACCCAUGAUUCGUGCUCACUUGGAGCUCUUCCGCAUCGCCAAGGAGGUUGCGAACCAUACCCUCAAGGGGGCCGAUCGGGAUGCAGCCUUGGCAAAACUUGAGAAGAACAAAGUGAAGCUGCCAUCAGAGAUCCAGCUAAAGCUCGUGAGUGCAGCCCUGGACGCUUGCUUCGAUUCGUGGAAUCCCGACGAGCGGCCCUUCAAGGACAUGACUAGCUUCUCUAGGACGUUGUCUGUGUGGGCGGAUGGCACGACGAGGCCCGACUUCGCGAGCAGGAGCCCCACUCUUAUCAGCUGUGACUUGAGCGCAGAGGGCGUGGCCGACUACUUCUCCGAGCAGGUCGUCGUCACGAGGCUCAUUCCCAUGCUCCUCCAGGGGGCGCCGAAGGAGCACCAGGCCCGUUCUUUUAUGGAGGGCAUCACCAUCAUGUACGAGCUGCCAGAGGACGUGACUGUAUCCAACGAGGUGGCCGCCGCCCUGCUCACUACUACCCGCAUCUUCACCGCCGUGCUCGCGCUCAGCAACAAAACGAUAUCGGAAGACUUCGGCAUCCAGGUCUUGGACGACAUGGUCAAGCUAGAGGAUUGUGGCAGCAAGGGUGGAGCGCAGCGCGACGAGUGGGUGCAAGUCGGUCAGGCCCUCACGCAGGCCCCUCACUGGCUUGAAAUGCUGACCGAGGCGUGUCGCAACGUGAAGGCGCUGAAGCAGCAUGCGCCCAGCGUGUCCAAGGAUAUGAGGCUUGCGAAGAAGCUCGGCGGCUACGAGAUUGGCAACUUCUUGAAUGAGGCCGAGGGGCUCUUGCACCGUCUGCCGUACUACGUCGCGUCCGUGGGGAGCGAGGCCGUCGACGAGCUCGACGGGCACAUCGGCAAGCAGCUCCAGGAGAGGGCUGCCUUGGAGCUCGAGGCCAAGACCGAGAGCAUGAGCGAUUCGGAUCGCCAGAGCUACUACAAUAACUUGCUGAGCCUCAAGAAGAUGAUGACAAACGCCGCCACCAUCCUGAGGAACGGCGAGCACUUCCACAGGAUCGUCUGCGACUUGAAGGCCAAGGCGCUCCACGCAGACAAGGAGAGCAAGAUGAAGGUUCUGUUCGACCGCCUGUCCGACUUCGUGGACGGCUCCUCGCAGGAGCUCCACGUGCUCACGGAGUGUCUGCGUGAGUGCAACGACUGCAACGACAUGGGUUUGAAGGAGAAGGCGGUUGACGUAUGGCAGAUGAUCUUCGAAAGGCCUACUGUCCAGGACCUCACGUCCGCUAGCCUGGCCGAGGAGGUCACGCUGCUGGGCCUGCUCGCGAACGUUCUCCAUCCGACUGAGGAGAAGGCCCCAAUGAAGAUCGCGUCUGAGCUGAUGCGCCACGGCAUGCAGCUUCGCACCGCUCUGGGCGCUCUGAAGGGCCAGGACCCCAUGACCGAUGCCAUUAUCAAGAACGACCCGCACGAGAGCAAGACGAACAAGGUGAUCGACGCGAUGCAGCGCUACACCAGCGCGGUCACGAAACAUCCCAGCAAGGAUCCGCUGGUGCAGCGCGUCAAAGACAUCGUUGCUGUGACGUCGGACGAGGCCGAUCGUCUCACGGAGCAGCUCGCGGUGGCGCGACUCGAGGAGAUGAAGGUUUCCGUGGCCACCAUGAGCACGAAGUUGUUCGAGGCGGUGGACGCCGAGGCGAGCGUUCGGACGUGGAUGACCAACGCGGCAGGCGCCGAGAACUGGGAGGACACGAUGAAGCUGGCCGACGGCGACUUCAUUCAGCUUCCAGGUCGUCGGUGGCUCCAGGACAUCGACAAGAUCCACGAGGCUCUGGACAAGUACGCGGACAAAGCCGCCUCGUGGAAUUUGAAAGUGGACAGCGACUUCGGGGAGCGCGUCAAGGGCCCGCUCUUGGAGAAGUCCUGGGCGAACCUGAAGGCGUCCUGCGGGCCGUCCCUGGCCGGGAAGGCCACCGCGGGCAGUCUUGGAGGCCACCCUGGCGGGCGAUCUGGCGCGGCCCCGGCGGCGAAGGCCUGCUCGGCCCGAGACGUCUUAGGCGGUGCGCCGGAAUUGGCGCGCGGCGCCGGCACGCGGGGUGAUCUCCACCCGAGGCCGCAGGCGGAGCUCCCUGCGCGG